AUGGCUAUGAUAAGCCGCCUUCCUAUCAAUGGACAAGCUGUUACCGGUCGUGUCAGCGUGGGUAAUUGGCGAGAACGGACUGCCGAUUUAAUUGGCGUUCAGCCCGAGGGCCCUCAGGAAGGCAAGGCCGAUACCGCGAAAGUGAGGCAUUCUUGGCUAAAACUGGUCAGAGGAAACACCAACCCGUGCCCUCAAGAUGCCAAUGACAUGGUUGUGCAGCAGUACGCGCGGGCCUAUCUUUGGUAUGUAAUAACCAAGGUAGUCUUCUCAGAUGCAACUGGGAACUCAGCCCUCUGGAUGUUCUUGGAGCCACUUAAUAACUGGGAUACCCAGUAUAGCUGGGGUUCGGCCGCACUAGCAUACUUGUAUCGUCAGCUUGACUUGGCGUGUCGGAGGAAGGGAGGUACAUCCUCAUUGUCUGGGUUUGUUUGGAGCCUAUCCGUGUGGAUGUGGGAGCGGAUCCCGGUUGGACGGCCCGAUUUGAAGAACUCCCUCAUGGCAAACCCACGGGGUAAUCAUGACGGGUUGCAUGAUGAUGAUCCAUAUCGGCGCCCUACGCUUGCUUACUAUUGGGAACAAGUGACUGUCUACACAGGAAGCUCGCAUGUGCGAUACAAGUGCUAUAUGAACGAGCUGGACACCUUGACUGCUGAGCAGGUACAUUGGUUGCCUUAUGUGGAAGAUCGUGACUUUGAUCUUAAUGAGAUGUGCACGCGUGAUAGCCAUCUUUGGCGGGCGAGGUGCCCAAUGAUAUGCUUCUUCGCAGUCGAGUGGCACUUUGUAGACCGUGUGGCAAGACAAUUUGGAAAAAGACAAGGUAUUCCAAUUGAGGAGAGCAAGGAGGAAAUGCUAUCUCUGCAUCGGUAA